AUGCUUUCUUCUCACGUUUUAUUGGCUUCAUUCUCUUCUUUCUUUGCCUCCUGUCCCGUCUUCUUCUUCCUUUGCCUCCUCCACUUCUUCUUCUUCUUCUUCUUCUUCUUCUUCUUCUUCUUCUUCUUCUUCUUUUUUAAUCGCUUUCUUUUUCUUCAUUUGCGUCCUGCACUGCUUCUUCUUCUUCUUUUUCUUCUUCUUCUUCUUGUCUUACUCAUCGCUUUUUAUUCUCUUUCUAUCAUAUCCCCUUUUUCGGUUAUCCUUUUUUCUAAUUCUGCUAAUAAUAUUUAUCUUCCUCUUACUACUCCUAUUCCUCCUCCUCCUACUUCUUCUGCUUAUCUUUCUUCUUUUAUUUUCUUUCGAAAUUCUUUUUCUUCUUCAUUUUCAUCUUCUUCUUUUACCUCACUUGUUUCUCCGCUUUUUCUUCUUCUCUUCCUCGUCACCCACACCCUUUUCUUUUUUUUUCGUUGUUGUAGUUGUUGUUCCUCCGCGUAUUCUUUACAAUUCGAUUUAUUUUUUAAUCGGCUUCUUUUUCUUUCUUUGCGUCCUGCACUUCUUCUUCUUCUUCUUCUUCUUCUUCUUCUUCUUCUUCUUCUUCUUCUUCUUCUUCUCGCUCCGCCUUAUCCUUCUUUAUCCUUUUCUUCUUCCUUCACCUCCUUUUUCUUCCUUUGCCUUCUGCCCUUUCUUCUUCUUCUUCUUCUUCUUUUUUUCUUCUUCUUGCUCCACCUUUUCCUUUUUCUUCUUCCCGCUCCACUUUUUUCCUUUUUCUUCUUUUUUCGCCUCUUUUUUCUUCCUUUGCCUCUUGCCUCUCUUCCUACUUCUUAUUCUUCUGCUUCUUCAUCGUAUUCUUCUAUUCCUUUAUAG